CCCCGGGCGCGCCGGCCUGCUGGGUGGCUGGCAUUGCAGCGUCGGUGGCCACCGGCUUCGACCGGGCCGGUCCCCGAUCCCCAGUGCGGAUGGCAGACUGGGGUCUGGAGACUGGGGUGGGGCCCGCGCGGGGUGCAAGAGCCCGCAGCUUCCUGGCACAGGGGUGGGGCCGGCGACGCCGGGAGUGUGCAGCGAGUGUGAGUGUGCGGGGGCGUGCGCCCCGUGAGCGCGCGGCGGGCGGGCGAGCGGGCGAGCGGGCGUGCGCUCGCCGCCAACGUGCGGUGCGGGGAGACUCUGCGACCCGGAGCGGCGCUCCCGCGGUGCCGAGGUGCGGAAGUCUGGGUACGUUGGCGCAUGCCAGCUCGGCCGCUAGCGGUGCCCGCAGCGCCAGGCCCAGGGAGGCUCAUUGAGAAGUAGCUCUUGCCCGGCCUGUCGCACCUCUGUCCCCAACGGUGUGCGGGCUACUACUGCGGGGGCCAGAUAACGCUUGGCGGGAGCCCAGACGACCUUAUCGCGCCCGCCCUGUGCGCGCUGCACCCCGCGGGCGAGGCCGAGACCGGCGUGGCGGGGAACGGUAGGGCCACCCUGCGGUGGCGUCUGUGGACUGUGGAUCGCUGGCCCGAAACUCCCGCGGCAGAUGUCUCGGGCACCGCCGCCCUCGCCCCACCUGUCGCGGGUGGACUUUGGGGCUGUUGGGAAGCGUAGAAAAGGGCGUCUGGUGGCGGGCAGCGGACAGACCUUGAGAAGCAGCCCAUUGUGAAGCUGCCAAAGUCGCUCUAGUGGUGGAAUCUGCAAAUCUCGGCCAGAAGGCCAGAAAGGAGCCCGGGUCGCAGAGGGAACGACGGCUGCGUGCUUCCCCUCCCUGGCAAGUGUCUGGCUCGCUAGAGACUCCAGGGCUCUCCUCCCACGCCGCUUUGCUCCGGGUGGGCUCUCGAUCUCUGCAAAGCCGUAUCUGGAGUAGAACAGAAAAAUUAUUAUGCCUGUGCUCCCUUGGGACUCUUUGGAAGUUGCCCAGUGACAUCAUCUGGGAUUUAGUCAGGAGUGUGCAACCUGGUGCCUAAGAUGGAAGUAGAUGUAAAUGGGGAGACCAGAAGUCCCCUGACCACCCUGCCCUUACCUGUGGCUGAGGGGAGCUCGCCAGGGAAAGCGGAGACAGAGAAACCCCGCUGCUCGAGCACGCCAUGCUCACCCAUGCGUCGGACUGUGUCUGGUUAUCAGAUCCUCCACAUGGACUCUAACUAUUUGGUUGGCUUUGCAACUGGCGAGGAACUCCUGAAGUUAGCCCAGAAAUGCACGGGAGGGGAGGAGAGCAAGGGAGAAGCCAUGCCGCCCUUGCGCUCCAAACAGCUGGAUGCAGGACUUGCACGCUCCUCUCGUUUGUAUAAAACUAGAAGCAGGUACUAUCAGCCAUAUGAGAUUCCAGCUGUUAAUGGCAGGAGGCGAAGGCGGAUGCCCAGCUCAGGAGACAAGUGCACCAAAUCCUUACCUUAUGAACCUUAUAAGGCCCUCCAUGGGCCCUUGCCUCUAUGUCUUCUUAAAGGUAAGAGGGCUCACUCCAAAUCCCUGGACUACCUCAAUCUAGAUAAAAUGAACAUCAAGGAGCCAGCAGACACAGAAGUGCUACAGUACCAACUUCAACACCUGACCCUCCGAGGGGACAGAGUGUUUGCUAGGAAUAAUACAUGAGCAGCUCCCACCGAAUUUCAACCGCUUUAGGCCAGCCUGUACUCGGCUAGAGAAAAAUCUACUGUCGUACUCUGUACAUGACCCUUCACGUUAGAGAUGGUUAUAUCAGCUAAGUGUUCCUGGAACAUAAAAAAAAAAAAUUGUUUGGAUCAAGUUUUGGAUACAGGAAUGAGACCACAGGUACUGGGGGCGGGGCGGGGGGCUACCAUUCUAGAGCACGCAACUGCAAAGGAAACAGAAUGUUGACCGUUAGUUUGCAUAGCUUCUUAGCUAGAACAAGGUUUUGGUGCAGUCAUUUCACCUUUAUGAUUCUGACACUCCAAUGGGGAAUGUUACCUGCUUGGUUGUCGCUGACUUGGUAAGAUUCACUCGAAAUUUCCAUUGAAGUGCUCAGUGCUUCUUGGAUCUCUGUAUUUUACUAUACAAUGUAUGUAAUGAUUUGUCUUAUGAAAUUUAGAGCUUGAACACUGCUGAAUUGGACCACUUUUUAUUUUUAAAUAUUGAGUUUAAAUAUUUUAUAACUGGUUUUGCACUGAAAACAAUUAACAUUUCAGAUUAAGAGAGUAAUCUUUUCUUCACUUGCCUCAAUAAUACUAUUGAGCGAUGGAUUUUUUUAAUUUCCGCAUGGGAAGUUACUGAUCUCUAUGGCUGUAAAAUAUUCCUUUAUAGCAUUAUUAAAGUGUGUCUUAAUGAAAUUAAAUUUGGGAUACAAAGUAUUUAUUUUACAACGGGUAGUGGGUGGGAUGCUUCCCCAGGAUGUUUCUGACAUGGGGUCUUCAUGAGUUGGAAACAUUUCCUUAGUGCUUAUUAUCUAAUUUAAAAUCCACAUGGAACUUGAAAACGGAAAGGAUUCUCUCCACCGGGUUGUUGACAUAGCAUUGCUUGCAUCUCCACUUCUGGUAGGUGAAUAACAGCUUUAGCAGAGACUCUCGUGACUUUGACUUUCAAAUACUUAAACUGAGUAUGAAGUGACACCAGUCAGCACGUCCUUGGCUCUGUCCGGGUUCAGGUGUCUGCAGCAGGGCACUCAUUGAGAUGCCAGUUUCCGGAUUAGCGCAGGAGCCUAACGUGCUUCUGCAGUUUUAGUGGGCUAAUCCUGGAUUACCUAACCCUUUAUGUCUAUCACACUGGUUUAAUUUGUUGCUAAAGAAAUAACUCCUCGCCUUUAGUAACAGAAGCGACUCAACUACUCUUGACCAUAAAAUGUAUGUAACUUACCUUUGUAAACAUUUUAAUUUCAUUCAGUCUUAAAGGUGCAAUUUCUUCCUGAUUUGGCAUUGCUGGCUCUACAGAACUACAUGUUUUAUGUUUUCUUUUCGGCACUGUGAGUUUCUUAGGGGUUAGCAGACUUAAUAAAAUAAGAACACGUUUUAAUUGGUGGCUGGGUCAUUCCUGGAACAAUUGUGGUUUUCCUGUGUCCAGAAUGAAUGGCAAACUUUAUUUAGAGCAGAAUAAAUGUUAGAAACUCCAGGAACUCUUAGCAGAGGCUUUAUCAUGCAUUCAUAGAGGCAGCCGUGUGACAGAAUGGAUGCGAGAGCCGUGAAGAUGCUGCUUCGUAUCUUACUGAGUUGAUCAGAGUUUUUGGUGGCUGGAAGGUUUCCGCUGUUGUCUAUUUUAAAGUAAACUGCACCUUUGUAACAUAUUGUACUGAUGAAUGAUCACUAAGAUUAACUAUUAUCUACACAGUCAAUAGUUUGACAAGUAAUAGAAUCCUGUCAGAUGCCAAAGAGUUGGGAUUUUUACAUUUAAUGAUUAAACACCGUUAUUUAUUGAUGAUUUACCCUAUGGAACUGUAUUAUUUCUAACUAUGAAAUAAAAGGGUGAUGUC